AGUAAUUAUGCACCCCGAAGUUGUCGACGGUAAUAAUUAUCCGGUAAAAGCGAGACUCAUCUCGAAAUUUCACAAUCAUGAGCAUCUGUUGAGAGAAAUGCAACGGAAUACGCGCAAUCGUAAGGAUUGGUCGCCAAUGUCCCAAUCAGCACAUGCAGUGAACACCGUCAAUCCAAUCCGACGAAUCGCUGACGCCGUUACGGUAGCGCCGAAUCCGAACAAAAACGCGAUCAAAUUGCAUCUGGGCGACCCGACCCUUUCCGGGGCUUUGCCACCAAGUCAAGUCGCAAUUGAUGCACUUUUGGAAGCAACAAGCUCGCAUAUGUUUGACGGCUAUGGACCAGCCGUAGGUGCUUUGGCUGCACGUGAAGCUGUUGCCACUAAAUACACUCAUCCACAAGCUCCAAUUACCGCCGAUGACGUCAUUCUGGCCAGUGGUUGUUCGCACGCUUUGCAGAUGGCCAUCGAAGGUUUGGCAAAUCCUGGGGACAACAUCCUGAUCCCUCAGCCAGGAUUUCCACUCUAUUCGACGUUGUGCAGACCGCAUGGUAUUGAGGAUCGCGCCUACAAAGUCGACAUGGCAAAUGGCGGACAAAUCGACCUCGAAUAUCUCGAGACACUGAUCGACGACCGUACCCAAGCGCUGAUUGUGAACAAUCCUGGGAAUCCAACCGGAGUCGUUUUCAGCAAGGAACAUCUGCAGGAUAUUCUAGCUUUCGCCAGUCGUCAUCGUCUUGUGAUCAUUGCGGACGAGAUCUAUGGAGAUUUAACGUACGACGGUGCUGUGUUAUAUCCGAUUGCAACUCUUUCGCCUAAGGUUCCGAUAAUCACCUGCGACGGACUGGCGAAGCGAUGGAUGGUACCAGGAUGGCGCCUGGGAUGGCUGAUUGUGCACGAUCGCUUCCGGGUGCUCAGCGAAGUUCGCAAGGGACUCGUGGCUCUGUCGCAGAAAAUCGUUGGUCCCUGUUCGCUCAUCCAGGGCGCUCUCCCAAAGAUCCUCCGCGACACCCCGGAGGAGUAUUUUGAGCACAAUCGACGGGUUAUUUCGCGAAAUGCGGGGGUGAUGAAUAAAACUCUCAAAGGGAUCAAAGGGGUGCAUUGCCUACGACCCCAUGGCGCUAUGUACAUGAUGAUUAGUCUGGACAAAUCGCUCUAUGGAGAUGACAUACAGUUCUCGUGCAAUCUUAUUCAGGAAGAAUCAGUCUACUGCCUUCCCGGAUCGGCUUUCUCCUCUCCCGGCUGGAUCCGGCUAGUCCUUACUCAAAGCGAGAAAAUCAGCGAAGAGGCCGCUUUACGAAUCCGCUCGUUCUGUGAACGCCACCUAAAUGAAGCCGAUCUGGCCGAUGUUGGCGAAUCAUCCGAUGAAGGCUGUGAUAUCUCAAUCUGCGAACCCUUCUAAAACAAGAGGUGGAUAGAAAAUGUAGAUGUAGAAAACGUUCGCAAUCACACAACUAUAUGCACAGCAAUGAAAUAUGCAUGAUUCCGUAUUUGUACAUAAUUUAGUCAACACCUUGUGAUGUAUUCAUUUCCUUCAUAUAAUCAAUUUUUCGUAAAAUGUUGCAUUCUUCCAUUUUGCUAUCAUAGGAUUGCAUCAAAGCUCUUGCUCAUUGUUUCGAUGUAAUUAUUCUCUGAUCUUCCCAUUCCACGGUGACUUUUUUCUUCUUUUUGUUCUUCUUUUUAGCUCGAU